AUGUUUGCUUCCAAGGCACUGACAGAAUUUGAUGUGUACCGUGUACCGUUCCUCAUGAUCAUGCUCUUGGGUCCUAGCGCUCAACAUUUUUGUUGCAGUACCUGGACGAAACGCGGUGGUAGAAUGCUGGAUAUAGUUGGUGAUUAUGCUGGCCAAGAAUUGUUUUUGUUGGAUGGCGACGCACUUCUUCAACUUGUCUUGGAUGAUCCUCUCCUGGCUCUAGGCAAAGACUCUGGCCCGUCUUUCCAAUUGCUGCAUGCUGCAUGGCGAGUAGAAAAGACCCUUCAGGAAUUUAUCUCUAGAGACUGUACAUUCGAAGUUGUGUUUUUUGAGGUGAACACCCAUGUCACGAUUCUCUCGGGAAGUGCAGUGCGCGUCACCUCCUCCAGAGGGUUGGCUCGGGAGUUACUUCGUAGACAUAUCUUGUCUCUCUCUAUUCCCACUCACACCUUCGAGUCCCUUCAAGAUCCUGAGUGGACAAUGUACUUUGACGUGAAGCGGCCAAUGUUCUUCAUGACUCAUGACGGCGGUCAACCAUCAAGCGAGAACAAAUAUUCAGCAGAGCGCGUACUCUAUCAGCGGUUCUUUCUUUUGAGUAUGAUAAAUUCUGGAUUCCCUGUCGCGUUGUUGCAUCCUGCCGAGUUUAGGGAUGGAAAGAUCUUGACCUAUGUGUACGAGGGAAGGAAAUCUCGUCCUUUGAUUCUGCCGCAGCAUCUAGUUGAUGCGUUCAGAACCGCUCAAGGGUGCCUAUCGCAAGCUACGGAGUCAACGGACCCUCCCUAUCCCCCGCCGGCAUCCCCCACUUUUCAAGCUGUGUUGACGCAUGCGUUGACUGAACUUGUUUCUAGAAGAUCAUCGCUAGGCAAUGCCGGAAAUGCAAUGCUGUGGCUUUACCUCUGCCAUGCAAUUGUUCUCACGUCACUACCGCUUAAUUUUCGAGCCCAAAAUAUGCCAAAACUCUCACAUGAACUGACAUCAUACCUUAAUGAUGACUUUCUCCCCUUGAUUUAUUCGUCGAUCCGUCAAUCAGCCGCAUCUCUCCCAAAAACCCAGGGACUUUGUGACAUUGACCUAGAUGGGCGGCUGUUUUGUAUUCUAGUCUCUUCUCUUCUUGCGUCCCCUCUUCCGGUGGGCGACAUCAUUGGCGAUGAGCUCUUGGCUAUCACAACAGCACGAGCUCUGGAGAUUGGUUUGCCACCGGUUGAUUUUGCAAGUUUGAGGCGGCGUUUUCCAAAUCAGUUACCCCACCCCCAUCUUGCUGUCCUGGAGAACUCGCAAUCAACUCUUUUGCCAUACUCUAACAAUACUUUCGAUCGCCAUUUGGAAUCCAUUCGUGUUGAUGUUUCAGAUUUCCCAGCCUCAGCGACAACACCCAACCGGCUCGAUUUCGAUACGGUCUUUAAGGAUGAGAUCCACUGGCACUCACACAACCCUCUUCUUCCCACCCAUCUUGGUGGAAAUAAUGCUCAGCCCCUUUCUGAGUGGGAGAGGAGGCGGCGUGACCGAAAAGAACACCGAAACAUGGCGGCUAUGCAAAGAAGCGCCGCUUCGCUCACCGGGGCACUUGGGACGGUUCUCCAACAGCAGAUAAUCCCUGCUGUUGCGAAGCACCCAGUUACCAAGCACGAUGGAUCGUUUUCCCGGGUGCAGGCUAAUCGGAAAACAUCAGCGAAGGCAUUAACAUCAAAAGAGAGGCUGCUAGCAGAGAACGCAGCACGGAAGGAGGCCGAAGUUGCUUCACAGAAUGAGAAAUGGUGGGCAGAGAAGAUCUCUGAAAUUGGUACCCUCUCUCUUCAGCAGCAGCUCCCCCUCGUAAAGGCUUUUGCAAUGAGUAAACGAACAUCUGAUAAAUGGCUCAAAUGCGAGAUCUUGCUCAAGCAAAUGGAUAUCGAACUUCGCAUGUGGAUAGCCGAUGAGAAGCGUGAAGUUCCGGAGGUUGCAGAUCGAUAUCGAAUAUUUCUCGCUACGACUUCCCGUUCCAUAUUAGAGUCGUCUCUCAAGAAUGGUUACAACCCAAACGAGAAACAACGCAAGGCCAUACUUUCCGUGCUCGAAGCAUUGGGGUUCAGUUGCUUGGCUCAAGCUGGGAGCGGAACAAAUACUGUGGAAGGCUCAGAUUACACGACCUCCAAACCCAAAAAAUCUACACCGUCGAAAAAAGCGAAGCCAAUCAUACAAGCUAAGCCAGAUGCCAGACCGACGAAGGGGGAUCCCCUGUUUGAUUUCAUGAAAAUAAAAGAGGAUGUGUAUGAAUAUCAGUUGCGUGUUAUGGGGGAAUGGAUGACCAGGAGUCUUGACAGCCAGCCGGAUCCUCGAGUUGAUUUCGAGCCCGACCAAUGGCAGCGGGAUGUAUUGGAUAAAAUUGAUGCCAACGAGAGCAUGCUCAUCGUUGCGCCAACGUCCUCCGGCAAGACAUUCAUAUCGUUUGCUGCCAUGGAAAAGGUUCUGCGAGAAUCAGAUGAUGGAGUUGUCGUAUAUGUCGCGCCUACUAAGGCGCUAGUAAAUCAGGUAGCCGCUGAAGUAUAUGCGCGAUUCCGCAAAAGUGUCCCCGGUGUUCACAUGUGGGCAAUACAUACAAGAGAUUACAGAAUCAACAACCCGCACAACUGUCAAAUAUUGGUCACCGUACCACAUAUAUUUUCGAUCAUGUUGUUAUCCCCUGCUCUUGCUGCCGUGUGGACUCCGAGAUUGCGGCGUGUGAUAGUGGAUGAGGUCCAUUCUAUCAGCGAAGUGGAAGGAGGGGCCGUCUGGGAACAGGUCUUGCUGAUGAAUCCUGCUCCGUUGAUCGGGUUAUCAGCUACGGUCGGAGAUCCUUUACGGUUCUCAUCCUGGCUUGAGUCCGUGGAACGGAAUCGUGGGCGCCAAUAUUCUCUCAUUUUGCAUAAACAUCGAUAUAAUGCUCUGAGAAAAUUCAUGUACUUGCCCCGAGUGAUACGCCCUGUCAAGGGGCCUCUUUCCGAACAUGGUCAGGAUUCAUCCGCCUUGGUGCAUGUGCAUCCAAUUGCUGCACUCGCACUAGGUGAUCCGAAUCUCCCGGAUGAUCUUGCGUUGGAACCCCGCGACUGCCUGUCACUUUGGCAAGCAAUGUGCUGGACGGGUGAGCCCCUGAAUCCCAAUUUAACGCCCUCCACCUUUUUUGCCUCGACACCCUCAAUUGCGAUUAGAGAUGUCAUCAAAUAUGAAGCCGAGCUAAAGGAUGUCCUGAUAUUAUGGAGCAACAGAGCCGAUUAUCGUGCCCCGACGUCACCAUAUCAGAAGGUCAUAAAAUAUCUCCAGCAACCUUUAGCGCAAGCCGCUACUGAGACCCAGAUGCAAGAAUCCAUGGGGGCCAUGCUUCCUGAACUCGCUGAACCGGACACGAGGGAUUCACCGCCUUGUAUCAUUACCCAAUGCAUGCUUUCUGUUUUGGCAGAAUUAAAUGCGAAAGAUGCAUUGCCUUGCAUCGUAUUCAAUUUUGACCGCCACAAGUGUGAGAGGAUCGCGUGCCAUGUCGUCUUCCUUCUUGAAAAAGCCGAGCAGGAAUGGCGAAAGACGAGCCCUGCAUGGAAGAACAAAAUUACAAAGUGGAAAGAGCAGCAACAAAUAGCUGCGUUGAAGCUCAAAAACAGAGCGCAUACGAGCCGAAAGGAGCAGGAGAAUGAUGCUCGGGACGAAGAUUCUUCGAUCCACGGCUACUUCGAUCCCAACGAGCCUUCGGAACAGUUCAGUUUCGUUGGAAAGGGAACAUCACAGCACGACUUGAAUAAGGAGCUGGACGAAGUUGCGUGGGCAAAGUCGAAGAUCCCUGAUUGUAAGAAUUCUAAGAUUUCAGGCUCCGUUUCUAAUCCUGUGGUAUCAGGGGCCGUGGUCGCGUUGAGGCGCGGUAUUGGCGUGCAUCAUGCUGGAAUGAACCGCGCGUACCGUUCCCUUGUGGAGACCCUUUUCCGCAAAGGCGCAUUAAAAGUUAUUGUGUCGACUGGCACUUUGGCACUUGGGAUUAACGCACCUGCUCGCACAUGUGUUUUUGCCGGAGAUUCCGUGUAUCUCACUGCAUUGAAUUUCCGCCAAUGUUCCGAUUCGACGGAUGUCCACACUCAACGAAGCCUCAGUUUAGGACUCGUCGUCUUUGUGGGCCUCGAAUUAGACAGAGUACAGCGUCUACUACUCUCUCGGCUUCCCAAAUUGGUUGGUCUCAUUUUAGUCAGGCACCAGAAUCGAUUUGAGAGCUUCAUCACCCGCAACUCAGAAUAUGCUGUCAAUACCAUCAAUUCCCUGUUGACACUGCCGCAACUCACUGUUGGAAAUGAAACGCGCCGAGAACAAUUUCUUCACUUCAUCAGGUUCAGCAUAGAUUACCUUCGUCGUCUUGGACUUCUCGAUCCAAAUGGACGCCCCAUGAACCUUUACGGCGUGGUUUCACACCUAUAUCCACAUGAGCCCGCCAAUUUCGCGCUUGUUGCAUUGAUACGGUCGGGCAUUCUGCACGAAAUAACUCGGGAUCUGGAUAAGAGUGACGUUGCCCAUGAUCAAGCCCUUUCUGACCUCAUGACAGUGUUAGCGACACUGCUCGCAACCUGUACCCGACGCUCCCAAACUAAUGAAAGCCUUCUGGAAACAAUUCGUAAAUCAUCGUCUCGCAUCAUAAUGCCUCCUCUACCUCCAGGGGUAUUACAAGUUCUCAAAGACCACCACGCUAGCAUACUGGGGAUUUUUAGUUCCUACGUAGAAGAGUACUGCAGACAGUACGCGACGAGCUUGAGGGCCGAUAACAUUCUUCCCCUCUCACAGCGUGUCAUUGGCUGCAACCCAACUGCCAAUCUCGCGAACACAUUCAUCCAACGACUUGAAUCAAGCCGUAUUUACGUGAAGGCUCGUUCUUCAUUUGUCGCGCUUUCUGGACAUGAGGAUUCUUUUUCGUCUGUCGAGGAACUUGUCGAGAGUUUAAGAGCGGGAAUUGUCCUACCUCUUCACGCUGUUCCUUCAUUAACGAAGCUCACAAACCCCAACCAUCAGCUCGAUGCAUACGCCUAUGAUUUCUGGCACCAUGGAUCACUCGAAGUACUCGCUCGGGACAACGGAAUACGACGGGGUGAUAUCUGGUAUAUGUUGGAGGAUUUCCACCUGGCACUGUCAGCCCUCAAGACAGCACUCGAAACCUUGCUUGUGCGCGCAGAAGAGGAAGGUGAGGCGUUUCAAGGGAACGAUAAGGACGAUAAGGACGAGGACGAAGAUGAGACGGACAGUUCGUCAAACGAGUUGAUCUCACGUCCCGGAAACGUUGACAUUUCGGAUUGGAGACUCUACAAAGCCAUCGCUAUCCUUCACCAAGAUUUCGGAGACAAGUUCCGCAAGAUCUUCGCAUGA